AUGUCAAGCGAAUCGUCAUCUUCUACUGCGCUAGCCAGUGUGAAAGACAACUUUAAAGACCUCGAAAUCCAAUUAGAAUCUGAACUGAUAAUCACCAAGAAGUCACCGUCGAUGACAUUUGACAAAGACUCGAAGGAAAUUCUACGUCAUCCAUCUUUAGAUGAGAUAGCUGAUGCUCGAUUGGAUGACAUUUGUGAAGAUCUUGACCCAAUUGAGCCCAAGAUAUUCGACAACCUCGACCUAACACGAGAGUUGGCAGGAAUUCCGGGUUUCUCAGUUGGGAUUCCGGAACUGACAUCGAAUGGAAGUCAUGUGUACGAGAGUAGUGCACCAUCGUGUUCAUCUACACAAGAGAAUGGCAGAGAUUCGAAGCAGAGCGACGAGAAAGAUGACAGUCAAGCUACCAGUUCAGACCACGAAGAAGACGAUUCCUUCACCAAAUUCACUGGCUACACGUUAUCACCUCCGAUGGCCAACCCUGUAGAUAUGACAGCGUACAAAGAUAUGAUUGCUGUAGCCGACUACGACAAUGGGGUUCACUUUUUUGAGCAAAAAGGAUUCAGAAGGCGACAUUUCAAGGCUCCUCCUUAUCGGUAAGACUUAAAAAUCGAUGAUGGCUCAAUCAUUUUUUGACUUUUGUUACUCGAUUAUUGUUUGAUACCUAGUAUAAGCUAUGACUGAUACCUUGUUUAUCUUUAAAACGUAAUUUAUUUUUACUUUCAGAAUCUGUGGAGUAAAGUUCUAUUACGAUGCACCAGAGAAAACGACGCACGUUGCGUUAUUGGCCUACCACGAUCAGAAAUGGACAGUUAAUAUGUACCUAUGGCCGUCUUUAAAACAAGAAUGUAUAUUUGACUGUCCUUCUGAACCAGCAGUACCAUCUUGGGCUCGCCGAAAGAUUGUAGUCAUAGACGAUCUACUAUAUCUAAUGGGAACGGCGGAAACAUGUUCAGCUAUAUGGACAUUGGAUCUGAAUUCUACGCAGUGGUGAGUGUUAUAUUAUGUUAUUUCACGUUUUGGUAUACAAUAAUAACAUGAAUAAUACUUAUUUUAAAUUCCCAAUAAGAUUACGCAACCUAUUACAAAAUUACCGCACUAAUCUUGGUUACUGUAACAAACUUUACAUUUUUUAAUUCCAGGAAAACCCUGAUCGUGGAGAAAGGUCGACCAGCCUCAACCACAGGAAUAUCGUUGAACUUCGCCAACAAUCUGUUGAACGGCGGAGCUCAGAAGGCGAGUGUGUAUUCUGACUUCGAUGUUCACAAGUUCUCAAAGACUGAAAGUAGGAUAAUAUUAUGUGAAGCUCAGAAGAGCCGACUCGACGUGUUGAUAUUGGGAGAGAAGAACGAACUGUUAGAUACUCAAACUGUGAAAGUAAAACGACGAAAGAACCAGAAGUGGAUCGUGCAGGGACCCAAACUUGCUGUUUGGGAUACAGAAACGGUAAGCUUAUUGUGGUUAAAAUAUUCUAGAUGUAAAAUACGUUGCGUUCUUCACUUGCUCGUUUAUAUAGACAAAUCGGCGUAACUAUUUUUAUACCUGCGAUACAAUUGAUGAUGGUAUCAUUUUAGGAUAUUAUUGUAUACGAUGGAAGUGGGAAGAUAUUCUGGUUCGAUGGGACCAACUACAGGAUUCAGAAGAUCGUGGGAGACAUAGGAAGAAGUGAAGUCUGCUCAAUGGAAGCGAGGAACGGCUGGUGCUACGUGUUAUGUAGACAUCAGCUGAAGAUACACGCCUUUUACUACAGAUAA